CGGAGCAGGACGGCCGCCAUCUUGCGCAGAGCCGGAGUCGGAGCCCAAGACAGGCCGGGAGUGCGCGCGAUUCCGCGGCGCGCUGUAGCCGCAGCGUCGCCGGAGCCUUCUCCUGCCGCCCUUCCGCGCCCGGCCCCCAGCCCUCAGCCGGCCCGGUCCCCUGACCCUCAGCCCGGCCCUCCCCUGACCCUCUGCCCGGCCCGGUCCGGCCUCCCCGCGGGGUCACGCGGCCGCCCCGGGGACGAUGAACGGAGGAUAAAUGGUGCCCAAGGCAGACAGCGGUGCCUUCUUGCUGCUCUUCCUGCUGGUGCUCACCGUCACCGAGCCGCUGCGGCCAGAGCUGCAGUGCAACCCUGGGCAGUUUGCCUGUCGCAGCGGCCCCAUCCAGUGCAUCCCCCUGCCCUGGCAGUGUGACGGCUGGGUGACUUGUGAGGAUGAGAGCGACGAAGCCGACUGUCCAGAAGUGACUGGGGAAUCGCGUCCUUACCAUGGGAAGGAGGCUGUGGAUCCGCGGCCGGGGCGGGCCCGAGGCAGCGACCCCAAGCACUUCCAUGCAGUGAAUGUGGCGCAGCCCGUGCGCUUUAGCAGGAAGUGCCCAACAGGAUGGCACCACUAUGAAGGCACAGCCAGCUGCUACCGGGUCUACCUGAGUGGAGAGAACUACUGGGAUGCCGCACAGACCUGCCAGCGUGUGAAUGGCUCCCUUGCCACCUUCUCCACUGACCAGGAGCUGCGCUUCGUCCUGGCCCAGGAAUGGGACCAGCCGGAGCGGAGCUUCGCUUGGCAGGACCAGCACAAGCUGUGGGUUGGCUACCAGUAUGUCAUCGCCAGCCGGAACCACUCCCUAGAAGGUCGCUGGGAGGUAGCGUUCAAGGGUUCCUCCGAGGUGUUCCUGCCCCCAGACCCCAUCUUUGCCUCAGCCGUGUCGGAAAGUGACAGUGUCUUCUGUGCUCAGCUCCAGUGUUUUCACUUCCCCACCCUCCGACACCACGACCUGCACAGCUGGCAUGCAGAGAACUGCUACGAGAAGUCUUCAUUUCUCUGUAAAAGAAGUCAAACAUGCGUUGACAUCAAGGACAAUGUGGUGGAUGAAGGGUUCUACUUCACCCCCAAAGGAGACGAUCCAUGCCUGAGCUGCACCUGCCAUGGUGGGGAGCCUGAGAUGUGUGUGGCUGCCCUCUGUGAGAGGCCCCAGGGCUGCCAGCAAUACCGCAAGGACCCCAAGGAAUGCUGCAAGUUCAUGUGCCUGGACCCAGAUGGCAACAGCCUGUUUGACUCCAUGGCCAGUGGGAUGCGUCUGAUCGUUAGCUGCAUCUCCUCCUUCCUCAUCCUGUCACUGCUCCUUUUCAUGGUCCAUCGGCUUCGCCAGAGGCGACGGGAGCGCAUUGAGUCCCUGAUUGGAGCCAACUUACACCACUUCAACCUUGGCCGGAGGAUCCCUGGCUUUGAUUAUGGCCCAGACGGGUUCGGCACUGGCCUCACUCCACUACACCUUUCUGACGACGGGGAGGGCGGCACGUUCCACUUCCAUGACCCUCCACCUCCCUACACCGCAUACAAGUACCCAGACAUCGACCAGCCUGAUGAUCCGCCGCCUCCCUAUGAGGCCUCCAUCAACCCUGACAGCGUGUUCUACGACCCCGCAGACGAUGAUGCCUUUGAGCCAGCAGACGCCAGGCCGCCAACCCCGGGGGAUGGUGGCGGUGAAGGUGCAUCUCCCCGGUGCCUGGAGCACCCUCUGCCUGCCGCAGAGGCCUCUCUGGCAGAUCUGGAAGACUCUGCCGACAGCAGCAGUGCCCUGCUUGUGCCCCCUGACCCUGGCCCGGGAGGCACCCCCACAGAGGUACUGCCAGGGGGUGGCCGCCACAGCCGCAGUUCCCUCAGUACCGUGGUGUAGAGGACGGCCCAGCCCACGGCCCCGACGGCCAGAGAGCACCUGUUUGCUGUCGAGAAACAUUGAUCCCCGUGGGAGAUUCACAGGGCCCAAGUGAGCCUGGACCCAGCUGCACUGCCAGUGUGCACGUGCACAGACCCCACUGACCUCCCGAGGGAGCAGACACUGGGCACCAGGUCUCGAGGGCUCCAAGAACAUGCACAGCUUUGGGUCCCUGACUUUUUCUUUUCAAGUGGCAGAAGAAUGAUGAAGUUAGUUCAGACCACACGUUUCAGAAGUAGGGAACAAAGAAUGCACCGGGCGUGUGGGCAGAGGCCAGACCACAUCUGGCUUUGGUGGGCUCGCUUGCCGGAGCAUGCCGCCCAGGGGAGCCUGCCAAACCGCCUCUGAGCCCGGGGGCCACCAGGGGGCAGGAUGGGUGUUUCCAGGCAUGGCUAUGUUUGUGGACUCUCAGUAUUGUCUGGGCACUUGGUCUGCCACAGGGUGGACAGCCUUGGGGGUUACUACAGCGACUGCUCCAAGGGUCCCCACCACCCCCUCCCCCCCCAGCUGUGAACAUCAAGGUGACCCUGCCCCAGGCUGGGGGCUGGCCUGGGCCUCUGGUGCCCGAGGCCCUGAGAGGGGGUCUUGGAAGGUUGAACUCUUCACUCUGUCUUUCCAGCUGGGCUCUGUGAACCCCAGUUCUGGGCCAGGAGGUCCUGGCCCCACCUUCUCAUUUUUGUCCCCAGCAUUGCUGUGCAUGGCUCCCCCAGGAGGCAGCCCUGGAUUUGGGCCAAGGCCCUUCACGCAUGAGUGUUCUGGCCCCAGAUCCUCCAUUGGGGGUUGGCUGGCUCCUAUCUGCUACUCUCUGGAGCCCCCACUCCUAUUGAAUUUGCCCCUGGGCCUUGCCUGCCCCCCACCCCAUCUUGUUUGUGCCAUAAAGGGUUGUUUCUUUGGGGGAGGGGUGUUUGAAAUUAAUGCCCUGGGCUGUAUCCAUCUCUUGAAAGUCCACUUGCACACCACCACCACUGGAGCCGAGUGCUCAGUGGCCGCAUGCCACCUUCCCAUGCUCCUCAGCAGCUUGGGGUGCUGGGUACCCUGCCCAGGGGCCUUUUGGCCAAGGGACCCUGUUGCCUGCUCCUGGGCAGUGGUCAUGUCUCCUGACACGGGGCUUUUAGCAUUUCUGAGGUUUGGAGAUUAAGCGGGUUCUGUGCGAUUUUUAGCACAUCCAUAUCUUUUCUACGUUGUAUGUCUGUACCUUUUCUUUUUGUGUGUGCGUGUAUGUCUGUGUGUGUGUGUGUGUGUGUGUGUGCGCGCGUAUGUGUCCAAGUUUUUGCAGGUGGCGGUACACCGGAACUCGGCAUGGGGCCCCACUCUCCUCGGCCUGCUGUGACGUCGUGGUUGGUACUGAGGCAUGGCCAGGUCUGUACCUCUGCCCCUUGGCUCAGAGCAUCCUGGAGCCCUGCUCCUGGUCCCCUUUGUAGCCUUUCCAGACGAGUGUGCAAUGACAGGAGGGUUGACUAGAAGUGAGUGCUGCUGUGGUGCUUUGUGGUGACAGACCCCGGUGGCACAGUGCAGUCCAGGCGUGUUCUCACACUCUCCCAUUGGAAACCUGUUGAACUCUUCCAGUAUGGAAUGAGAUUUUUGAAUUGCCCUACAGAACUGGCCAGAGGUAUGAAUUUUGAACUGCCUGUCCGGGCUCACAAGAUCCAGAGUGCUGGAGGCAGGCCUCAGGCAGGCAGGCUAUAUGCCGAGGAAGCCUGAGCUCCCCUUGCCAAAGGGCUGAUACUUCAAGAGAGGCGUCCUGGGUACAUGUUUCCCACACUGGCCGCUGAAGACAAAGCAGGAAGGUUGUUGUGCCUCCAGCAUGCUGGGCUCAGGGCAGCUGAGGUCUAGAGCAGCAUUCACGGGUCUUACAGGAGCCAGGUGAGUGUCCUGAGCGUGUCUGCUUUGGAGUGACCACCCUGGCGGAGCCCAUAGGGGCUUGACCUCUAUGGCUGAGAGUCCUUCACAACUCCCAUGUGUCUGGCUCAUGCCUCAGAACCAUAUAUAGAGGGCAGGGGGGUUGGCACAAGAUGCAUGGGGACUGGGAAACCCUUUGGGGACGAAGGACUGCUGGGGCCAAUCAGGCAUGCAGGAGGCAUUGAGCAGGGAGUGGCCUGAAACGGUGGACCUGCUUCUGGACUGGCCAGGACUCUGUCCCCGCACCAGGGUGCUCAGCCCACUGGUGUCCUUGGGCUGGGCAGAAGGCCUGCGUGCAGUGCUGCUCCAGACCCCUGCCUACUAUGUCUGCAAGAGUUGGUGCCCAGGAGUUGAUCUCUGCUGGAGGGGAACAAAGGGGGAGUCAGUGUCUGUCUGGCUGUCCUCAGCCUCCUGUCCUGUUGCCACCCUUUGUAAGAUCGGACUGCUCCAUGGUCCAACAAAGAAUCCAGAGGCCAACCCUAGCUACGACUCUUGUGCUUCUGUGAGAGACUGGGUCCCCAGAGGUACAGCCUUCCCCCGCAGGAUCCUACUUACCUUGUGGAGGAAGGAGUCAAUACUGUACAUUGUCUCAAUGCCUGUUUUUAAUGUUUUCCUUUCACUAAGGGUUUUUAGUUUGGGUUUAUUUUUGGUUGGGUUGGCACUAAUCCUUUUCUUAAGAUGCUGUGAGAACCAUUUCAUUCAAAUGCCAAAUAAAUUUGUGUUCUGGAAGAA